AUGCUUCUCCAUCACACCAAGAUCGCCCAUCGUGGACCCGGAGCUUCUUCCGCACAAAUCAUAAUAAAUGGUGCGGUACUGCCGCAUGUUUCUGUGCCGGCCGCCAACACCGCCAACGAGGGGGAUGCGAAUGUGUUAAAUACGUGCGUGGGAGACACGGCAAUCUGGGCUCUAUUCUCCCCCCAGUCUCCCCCCAAGCGAGAAUGGCAUUUCCCCGCGGAUGCGCUUCUCUCGACUCGCGAAAGGCCGAGAUCGAAUGAGCAGUGGCCCACGUCCAGUUUCCAUUGGCGGCUCAUCCUCGACAACCGCGAUACGGACCUGACGGGACUUCCACAUCGGUCAGCGUCCAACCACCUGGCUGGAUGGCAUGUCACUGUUACUGUCACAGGACGUAUAGAGAAAAGCAGAGAAUGGCAUGAUGUUGCAACGAUUCUGGCAUUGUGGCUGAACUCCACCGUGGGAGUCGACGACCCUGAGUCUUGGCAACGCGACUACAGAGUCUGGACUCGCAAGAAGCUUCAAACAACCUCAAAUACCGGCGGGGAUGGCUUCGUUGGGACCACACGAGAGAUCUAG